CUAGCCUACCUGGUUCAAUAAAGGUGAAAUAAAAAAACAAACCUGUUUCCUCCACUUCAUCUACAUAAGGGAUCAUAGCUUUCACCUGGAUUCACCUGAGUUUGUGGAAAGGGCUUGGUUUUGUACAGACAGUGUAUAUUUCACAUACAUUCCAUCAUAUACACUGUUUUUUUUAUUAAAGCAAUAAGGCUUUAACCUAUAGAUUUAUUGUGAUUUAACAGUUGUUUCUAAAACAUAUAUAAUUAGGAUGCGUGUCUGUCUAUCCUGUCUGUUAGGUCCAUAGAAUAAAGAGUGUAUGGUCCCAUCUCUAGGUUAACCCACAGCGUAUCCGCCAUUGGUUAGGUCGUCCCAUCUCUAGGUUAACCCACAGCGUAUCCGCCAUUGGUUAGGUCGUCCCAUCUCUAGGUUAACCCACAGCGUAUCCGCCAUUGGUUAGGUCGUCCCAUCUCUAGGUUAACCCACAGCGUAUCCGCCAUUGGUUAGGUCGUCCCAUCUCUAGGUUAACCCACAGCGUAUCCGCCAUUGGUUAGGUCGUCCCAUCUCUAGGUUAACCCACAGCGUAUCCGCCAUUGUAACGGCUGUAACUGAAGUUUGUCUAGUUUUCUGGCUGUGUUCUCUCUUGUGGGAGCGGAUGGUUGGUAGGAUGAGAUUCGUUCUAGUUCUGUCUCUCUCUGUCUCUCUGUCUCUCUGUCUCUCUGUCUCUCUCUCAGCCUCAGACAACAGUCAGCGGUUUCAGGAGACGUGUUAUGCCUUUGCGUUGACGCCUCAGCAGGUCCAGCAGAUCAGCAGCUCCAUGGACAUCUCUGGGACCAAGUGUGACUUUGCAGUCCAGGUUCAGUUAAGGUUUUGUUUGUCAGAGACGAGCUGCGCCCAGGAGGAUCAUUUCCCCUCCAACCUGUGUGUGAAAGUCAACAGCAAACCCUGCAACCUCCCGAGCUACCUUCCUCCAACCAAAAACGGUGUGGAACCCAAACGGCCGAGUCGCCCCAUCAACAUCACGUCACUGGUCAGACUGUCCACCACAGUACCAAACACUAUCGUGGUGUCAUGGACCGCCGAGAUAGGCAGGGUAAGGAAUCUUAUCGUGGUGUCAUGGACCGCCGAGAUAGGCAGGAGUUUCUCCAUGGCAGUGUACCUGGCGAGACAGCAGACGUCCACAACCCUGCUACAGAGGCUACGAGCUAAAGGCAUCCGCAACCCAGACCACUCCAGAGCUCUCAUCAAAGAGAAGUUAACGGCAGACCCUGACAGUGAGAUUGCGACCACCAGUCUACGAGUCUCUCUACUCUGUCCGCUGGGGAAGAUGCGCCUGAUGAUCCCGUGCAGAGCGUUGACGUGUUCUCACCUCCAGUGUUUCGACGCUACGCUUUACCUCCAGAUGAAUGAGAAGAAGCCCACCUGGGUGUGUCCUGUCUGCGAUCAGAAGGCCCCCUACCAACACCUCAUCAUCGACGGGUUGUUCAUGGAGAUCCUAAACAGCUGUGAGGACUGUGAUGAGAUCCAGUUUAAAGAGGACGGCAACUGGUAUCCCAUGAGAUUAAAGAAGGAGAUCACAGAGGUAUCCGCUUCAUUCAACGGCGAUGAUGAGUCGUGUCGGACAGUAGAAUCGGAGCCCCACAGGAACGGCUCAUCCCACGGCAGUACCAAUAAGGUGGUGGUGAUUGAUCUGACUCUGGACAGCUCGUCAGACGACGAUCUGGACGAUGAGCCUCCUCUCAAGAGAUCCUGUCCCUCCUCCUUGUCCCCCGCCUCACCGCCUAUCAGCAAAGGCGUGUUGAACCUCCACAGCCAGGUAUCUCCGGUGGCCAGAGCUCCCAGCAUGCCUCCCGUUGAGACCAGCUAUAUCCCACCUCCUCCUCCCCUCAUACAGGACUACAGCCACUACUACCACACCCCCAACGACCUGGACCUCAACUUCUUCUCAUUCCUCCAGGGAGACAACCAUCAGCAUUACAACAUGGUGAUGGCAGCAGCUGCGGCGGCCUCAGCCUCCGAUGACCACGACUUGCUCCUGAACCGCUUCCUGCCUUACAGCUCCUCCCAGAUGUUCCUGGACCAACCGGGGACACCCGUGGGUGGGAGCAGCAGCGCCCUGGCAGCAGCCAACGGGGGCAGUAACAGCGGUAGCAGCUCCAGUCUGGUGUCGUCAAGUAGUUUGAGGAGGGAUCGGGAUAGAGAAAGGGACAGCAGGUCGAACGCAGCGGCGGCAGUGAUAUAUGGUUCGAUACCAGACGUGAUCUCACUAGACUGAAAGGGAGAGGAGGAGAUCUAUCCCUACAGAACUGUGGGGGGGAGGAACAAAAACAACUGGUGGGAGAAAAUAGAAACCGGAGUUUGUUUUGUAAAUAGAAAACUAAAGGGAAAGAAACAGUGCUAUGUACAGAGAGGAAAAAUAUCUAUUUUAAAUGUUACUGUAAACAGAAUCCUGAUGAUAAUGGGUAACUUCAAUGGAUUUUUUUUUUUUUUCUGUGGAUACUGGAGCUUUUUAAAACGGCCUCUUCAUGUUCUCCCCCAUUUUGAUUAUAUUACCUUUUUUUUUUUUUUUGUACUUCGUUUUUACUGUUUCGUUUCAAUAUUUCCCCCGUCAACGGCAUUAUCUGUCUCAAAACCGUGUUUUUACUGCGCUUCGGCGCGAAAUGGAGAAAUCUCUCCCGUUUUUGUUUUUCGUCAUCACUGUAGAUUUAUAUUUUCUUUCAAACAUUCAUACUGUGGUCAAAUAAUAUUGUAUUUAAUAAUUUUCAAGGUAUUAUUUAUGAUGCUUUUAAGUUAUGUUAGAUCAAUGUGUGCUGUUUUUAAAAGCAUUUCUUCUUCUCCCCACACCGCUACGUGUUACUGUUGUCGCUAGGAUUACACAGGCUAGCCUGGGUACCAGUCUGUUUGUGCCAUCAUUCCACUCCUCGUCAUGACCAAACAAUAAGUGGGUGAGGAGUGGAAUGAUGGCACAAACUGACUGGCACCCAGGCUAUAAACGGGCUGGUUAUAGAUCCACUGCUACUGUGGUUGAGGAGUGGAAUGAUGGCACAAACUGACUGGCACCCAGGCUAUAAACGGGCUGGUUAUAGAUCCACUGCUACUGUGGUUGAGGAGUGGAAUGAUGGCACAAACAGACUGGCACCCAGGCUAUAAACGGGCUGGUUAUAGAUCCACUGCUACUGUGGUUGAGGAGUGGAAUGAUGGCACAAACAGACUGGCACCCAGGCUAUAAACGGGCUGGUUAUAGAUCCACUGCUACUGUGAUUCCGCUGGUUUGUGCUCCUCUCUCAUCUCUAUUUAGCUGAGGAAACCUUAUUUUUCCUGCCGAGUACAUCCUUUAGUUGUUUUUAGAAGUAAGAAAUACCAUGCUGUAUUUUCUGGUAAAAUAGUGUUUAAAUAGCUUGACAUGUGUACAUUUUUUGGGGGGGACAAGGAGGAGAUAAUAUGAUUUAAAUUCAGUUUAUUAUUAUUAUGGUGCCUUUUUAUAUUAAAUGGAAGCACUUACCUUUUUCAUGCA